GAGAAGCCUUACAUGUGCCAUCAGUGUGGAAAGAGCUUCCCACGAAACGCCAGUCUAAAGAUUCACAUGAGAACUCACACCGGAGAGAAGCCUCAUACCUGCCCUCUCUGUGGAAUGGGCUUCACGUAUAAAGGAACGCUUUACAUCCACAUGAGAGUUCACACUGGAGAGAAGCCAUUUCAAUGUGGUCAGUGUGGGAAGCGUUUCCCACAUAAAGCAACCUUUGAUAUUCACACGAGAAUUCACACCGGAGAGAAGCCAUACACCUGCCAACUCUGUGGAAAAACUGUGAAUCGGAAAGGAAGUCUCGUAGCUCACAUGAGAGUUCACACCGGAGAGAAGCCGUACACCUGCCAACUGUGUGGAAAAACUAUGACUCAGAAAGGAAAUCUUAUAGCUCACAUGAGAGUUCACACCGGAGAGAAGCCUUACACCUGUAAUCAGUGUGAAAAAGGGUUUGCACGUAAAGAAUUCCUUCGUAAGCACAUGGAGAUUCACUCAAGAGAGAGCUGCUUUAUAUGCCAUCAGUGUGGAAGGAGAUUCACAGACGGGGAACAGUUAAAGAAGCACGUAGUAACUCAUAUCGGAGAGGAGCCUUUUAUGUGUCAUCACUGUGGAAAGAGUUGCUCAAGAAAAGCAAACCUCGAGACUCACAUGAGAAUUCACACUGGAGAGAAACCCUUUACAUGCCAACAGUGUGGAAAGCGUUUCAGACAGAGAACAGCUCUUCAGAGUCACAUGAGAGUUCACACCACAGAGAGGCCUUCUCGCGCAUCUUCAGUGCGAGUUUCACAUAUCAAAUAGAUCUGAAGAGUUAUUUACAAUCUCAUUCUGGCAAGAAAUUGGCGUGUUCUGAGUGUGGUAAGAGGUUUAGA